UCUCUGCUAGUCUCCGAGAUACAUGGGAGAGAGUCCCUCACCUCCUCUCUGCUAGUCUCCGAGAUACAUGGGAGAGAGCCCCUCACCUCCUCUCUGCUUGUCUCCGAGAUACAUGGGAGAGAGUCCCUCACCUCCUCUCUGCUUGUCUCCGAGAUACAUGGGAGAGAGCCCCUCACCUCCUCUCUGCUUGUCUCCGAGAUACAUGGGAGACAGUCCCUCACCUCCUCUCUGCUAGUCUCCGAGAUACAUGGGAGAGAGUCCCUCACCUCCUCUCUGCUUGUCUCUGAGAUACAUGGGAGGGAGUCCCUCACCUCCUCUCUGCUAGUCUCCGAGAUACAUGGGAGAGAGUCCCUCACC